CCUAGUAACAAACUAGUAGAGAGGGUCAACUGUCCGAGCGUUGACCAAAUCUUUUCACUUCCCCUGCUUCUUCCACCUUCUCAACCUCACAGCCUUUCUCUCUCCGGCCACAUCUCUCCGGCGAUCUUCCGUUCAUCGCUGACUUGUUAUCACCGGAAAGUAUUAAAAGAUGGCGACUUUGGUUGACCCACCAAACGGGAUUAGGAAUGAAGGGAAGCAUUACUUCUCAAUGUGGCAAACUCUGUUUGAGAUCGAUACUAAAUACAUGCCAAUCAAACCGAUUGGUCGUGGAGCCUAUGGUGUAGUCUGCUCCUCUGUUAACACUGAUACAAACGAGAAAGUCGCUAUCAAGAAGAUUCACAAUGUCUACGAGAAUAGGAUCGAUGCGUUGAGGACUCUUCGGGAGCUCAAGCUUCUACGCCAUCUUCAACAUGAGAACGUCAUUGCUUUGAAAGAUGUCAUGAUGCCAAUUCAUAAGAGGAACUUUAAGGAUGUUUAUCUUGUUUAUGAGCUGAUGGACACUGAUCUUCAUCAGAUCAUCAAGUCUUCUCAAAUUCUAAGUAACGAUCACUGCCAAUACUUCUUGUUCCAGUUGCUUCGAGGGCUAAAGUAUCUUCACUCAGCCAACAUCCUGCACCGGGAUUUGAAACCUGGUAAUCUCCUUGUCAACGCAAACUGCGACUUGAAAAUAUGUGAUUUUGGGCUUGCGCGGACGAGCAACACCAAGGGUCAGUUCAUGACUGAAUACGUUGUGACUCGUUGGUACCGAGCUCCUGAGCUUCUCCUCUGCUGUGACAAUUACGGAACAUCUAUUGAUGUUUGGUCUGUUGGUUGCAUUUUCGCUGAGCUUCUUGGUAGGAAACCCAUAUUCCAAGGAACUGAAUGUCUUAACCAGCUUAAGCUCAUUGUCAAUAUUCUUGGAAGCCAAAGAGAAGAAGAUCUUGAGUUCAUAGAUAACCCGAAAGCUAAAAGAUACAUCAGAUCACUCCCGUACUCACCCGGGAUGUCUUUAUCCAGGCUUUACCCGGGUGCUAAUGUUUUGGCCAUUGACCUUCUUCAGAAAAUGCUUGUAUUUGACCCAUCUAAGAGGAUUAGUGUCACUGAAGCGCUCCAGCAUCCAUACAUGGCGCCGCUAUAUGACCCGAAUGCAAACCCUCCGGCUCAAGUUCCUAUCGAUCUUGAUGUAGAUGAAGAUUUGAAAGAGGAGAUGAUAAGAGAAAUGAUGUGGGAUGAGAUGCUUCAUUACCAUCCACAAGCUUCAACCUUAAACACUGAGCUCUGAGCUCUAAGUCAUGUACCUACGAAGGGUAAUUUACAGAAAACUUCUUCUACUUAUGUCUAAUUGUCAUCAUGUUGUCUAUAGAGAGAGUAUUGAAAAAUAAGAUGAAGAAUAACUUGCAGUUCAAGCGAGUAGUGAUGCCACGGAAGCUGUGUGUUUUUUUAAUUGCAAGCUUUAAGUGUCUGUAACAUAUGUACAUAGAGAGAGAGAGAGAGAGCUCUGUUUCUGUUUGUUUGUUUCGUUCAGAACUUUAAACCCUAUAAUGCAAUCCAAGGCUUUUGAGAAAUCAAGUUUUCAUAUACAGUA